AGUUCACAGCACCACCUGUAGUGUGCAAGAGAGGAUCGAUGGGUUAAUCAACAAACAGCCUUGUUGGAGCCGCCACCGCUCCCGACUUGCCUCGCGGAAAACAUGGAAGCAAAUGUCUUUGGUGGAGAUUUAUUCGGAGUGGGCAAACAGCGUGGGCACAGCCGAUCGACAUCAUCAAAUCCAACUUCUUGUAAUUCCCCAAGAUUCCUGAUGAAUAAAACAAUGGACACAGACAGUGGAAUUCUGAGUUCCUGCAGCAAUAUGUCAAGUUCUGAAACGUAUAAUGUGGGUAAAGAAAUACUCUCAGCAGUUGAUCUGGAGGAUGUCCGUACAAUAGGUCGAUAUGACAGACAAUCUGAGAGGAAAGUCGCCUUAACAUUAUUGCAAUCUGAGAGCAGAAGAUGUACUCUGACCGAAUGUCUUCAAAGUGCCUGGUGUACGUUAAAGGAACAACGCGAACGUAUGUGCAAGAAGAGUAUGGAAGUGGUCAAUCAUAGUGCGGUAAUUGACAGCAUGAUCUUAAAGCAAAAGCUGUUGGAAACUAAGGUGGGACUGCUCCUCAAGGAGGAGGGGACCUCUCAUGGAGUCGGGCUGGAUGAAGCUCGAAGAGGGAGAGAACUCCAGAACAGGAUCUGGUGCUUGGAAGAGGAAAUUGAGCAUUUUAAUCAAAAAUUAGGACAACUGACCUCGAAGAGAAGAGAUCCCAAGCCUACAGUCUCCUGUUAUCUGAGGGAGGACAACAGCGAGCCUGAAGGACAACCACAAAACUAUUUGCAGACCUUAAGUGACUCUUUGGAGUGCCGACAGGAACAUUGGAACUUCAAAGAAAUGAGUGAAGGUGGAGAUCCGGCCAGUAAAACACAUGCAAAGGACCUCCGUGAACUGGCAUCUCGCCUUGUAGGUGCUGAGAAUGGGAAAGCAUCAUUGGAGAACCAAGUGUCAGAUCUACACACUCAGCUAUUCCAAACUAAAUGUGAGAGCUAUGGUCUGAAGAAACAAUGCCUGGAGUCAGAACUGCAAUUAACCGCAAAUCGAAAUAUAAAUGAAAGCCUUCUGUGGGAGAUAACAAGACUGAAACAAAGUUUGCAGGCUUUGGAACAACAAAUUGUAAACCUGCAGAGUGAAAAGACAACUUUAUCCUCUCAGCUGAAGACACUAGAAUCUGAACAGCAGCAGAUAUCUAAUGAGAAAGAGCUGUUAGUGGAAACACUGAAAGGAAUGAAGUGUCACAGAUGCAGUGAUUCCUUGUUACUGAAUCAAUUUGACGGCAGGGUGUCAGCAACAGACCUCCACAAUAUGCCCUCCAAAUCAUGUCCUCAGUGUAAAUUUCUUCCAAGGAAAGGAGAAUCAGCUAAGGAUGAUGUGUACAUUAAUGAAUGGGAACAAAUGGGCGAUGUUAAGGAGGAGGUGAGCGCGGUCAGUACCUCCAUCAAGGCCACUGGAGCAGAGCUGCAGGGGACUGACAUGGAAACAGAGCAACAACUGGGGAAUAUCAUAAUUUUCAAUCAAGAUCAGCAAGAAAAUGGGAAAGCAUGGAAAGAUUUGAGAUAUUCAGAUGAAGGGUUACAACAACCAGAUACAGAUCUGAUCAACACUCGGAACAACAUAAACCUGCAAGUUGAAGAACUUUUGGAAAAAAUAGAAGAUUUUAUGAAGCUAAAUCUGAAACUGGAGAAUGAUAUAGACCAGAUAUUGUGCAAGUUGAGAAAGCAGACAGCUGAAGCCAAGGGCCUUGAACUAUCCAAUGAACGGAACAGAAAGCAACUUUUACAUCUUCUGAGCAAAAACAUUGACCUCAGGCAUGAGAACCAGAUAAAGGCCAACCAGCUCACUGUUCUGAUCAUUGAACUUCACCACUUCAGAAAGGCUUAUCAGACACUUUCACAAAGCACAAAUUGUCCUGAAGACACCUUAUCUGCAGAAUGGAUAAACCGGCUGUGGUUAAUUAAGAACACUGUUAAAAAAAUUAAAACCCAGCAGCUGAAACUAAACCUCUUGAAAAAGGAAAAUGAGGAGUUAAUGGAAAAGACUGAGUUGGAAUCACUGCGAAAUAUGGAUGCAAAAUUACGAGCAUUAAAUGAGAGCACUCGAGCCAAGAUACAGAAGAUCUGUGAUCUAACUCCACUCUAACUUGUGGAGUGAGACUAACAGCAGAGAUCCAUGUAAGGAAAAAAUAGAGACACAUGAGGAAGACAAGAUAUGAAGAAAAAAGAGACUGGAGAUGUUGGAAUCUGGAACAACAACAUACCAUGAAAAAGCUCACUGAGCGAAUCAAGUGUAAAUCAACACUUCAGGUCAAGACCCUGCGUUAGGGCUGAUUGCGUCAACAGUGAAGACUAUUACAGUGAAGUAUUUAGCAGUCUUUUCUACAGCUAUGUACUGACAAUCUUCCCUAUUCCCUCUUAGUCCUCAUGAAUAAUCUCAACCUGAAACCUGAAAUGUCGACUUACAACUCUGCAGAUGCGACUUCACCACUGUGUUUUCAAUGUUUUGUUUGUUGUUGAUGAAAAAAGAUGUGUUGGUAAGAGUUCAGGGGUCGGGGGAGGUUUUCAGAGAUUGAGAAGCACAAGUAUCCAUUUUCCUUUAUCAGAGCAGAUUUUAAAAUGCCCAGUGAGAGAAAACUAUGGAAGAUAUUCUCCCACUGAGUCAGUAAACUGGUUUAAGUAUCGGGAUUAAUCCGAAAGACAGGAAUACUCGAGCACAGGCUCAACUUCAUAAGACACAGUAGGCUCCAGUACAGCAGCCAGUCCUGAGAAUGCUGGCAAACUGACAAAAUCUAUCAUGGUGCAGAAACUCUCUGGCAACACAUCGAGGAAGAAACUACUUUAGAAGCAGUCUGUGCUUUGAUUAAACAACUUUUCACAUCACUGACAAAUAUUCAAGUAACAAAUAUUAGCAAACAAAUAUAUUUGCGUUGUAGUAGUCAAUCAGCACUGAAGUCAGUCAUCAAGCGUGGUACUCAAACUGUCGUCUGCCUUUCAGCUGCUUCUACCAUUUAACCAGCUUUGGGUGGCAUCGUAAUGGUGCUGCUGGUAGGAUUCCUGCCUCAUAUGAGGGGCACACAUAAGGUGAAUGGGCACAGUCUUUUUCCUAGGUUAGGAGAGUCUAAAACUAGAGAACGUAGGUUUAAGAAGAGAGGGAAAAGGUUUAAAGAGAACCUGAGGGGCUGCAUUUUCAUAUAUGGUAUAUGGAACAAGCUGCCAGAGGACACGGUAGAGACAGGUAGAAUUACAAUGUUUAAAAGAUAUUUAAAGGAGUACAAUAUAUAGAUAGAAAGUGUUUAGAGCAAUAUUGGCCAAAUGCACUGAAAUUGGAAUAGCUCAAGUAGACAAAUAGGUUGGCAUGGAUGAGUUGGGCUGAAUGGCCUGUUUCCAUUCUGUAUUACUCUGUGACAACCCAGUGAGUGGGUUCAAUCCUACCCUCUGGCUCUGUCCAUAUGCAGUAUGCACAUUCUCCCCGUGACCAUAUUGGUUUCCCACAUUCCAAAUAUAAUCAGUUUGGAAGUUUAAUCGGCCACUGUAACUAACUCUGCUGUCUACACGAGUGUUGGAAUCUGGAGAAAGGGUUUUGAGUGGAAACGUGGGGUGAAUAAAAAAGAAUGUGAUUAGUUUGGAUGGGUGCUCGGUGUGGACUCAGUGGUUCUGGUUCUGCCUCUCUGAGAUUCUGGUUUUACCGCUUAGAGAAGAAUUUGUCUCUCUGAAAGUGGUCAAUGAGCCAUUUUCUGUGCUAUUCUCCUUCUAAGAAUGGCAACAGGUAUUGUGGUGCAGGUUUAACUUAUGCAUAUUACCGAGUAUUAGCCUUGUUUUCUGACCUUUUCAAUUGGCAGCCUGCGACGGAACACUGAAUCCCCUGCCUGCUUUAUCCUUAUACAGGCAUCUUGGCAGCUUCAUGACUGUAGAGCUCCUAGACACACUGUAUCUGCAUGUGCUUCAGUAUGUCACCUGUGCUAUUUUUGGUCUGGUGCUUUCUUUAAGCUUUAAAUCUGAUAACAAUGUACCAGAUCCCAUUCAUCCUGAAAUGAAGACUUUCCAAACAGGAAACCCUCUUAUAAGUGAAUUGUCCCGUUGUAACCACCCAUUAUUCUAAUACCCCAACUUUCCCAGUGAAUUUUAUCCCCUCAGUGCAUUCUUUUCUAAGCUUACACUUAUCAGUUAAAUUUAGAUGGAAGUUUAAAAGAGAAUAUGACUUAAAUGUACUUAAUUUUGCCCGGUAAAUUGUUGCAAAUAUGUUCAUCUUUAAUGGAAAUUAAUCAGGAUGAACCCUGCAGAAAGAUAUGUUCUGAUUUUAAAUAACAUAAUGUUCACUGAUUAUCUAAAUGUGCCAUUAGUACUGAGCUGCCUGAACUCAUGUGUAUGGUUACCAACAGUUCAAAUGUUCUUCCAAUAUGACCAAUAUGUUUAUAUUUUAUAAUUCAAAAAAUUUGUUUCAGAAUCAGAAUCAUGUUUAAUAUCACCAGCAUUUGUCAUGAAAUCUAUUUUUAUGCAGUGAUUGAGCAUUUUACAUGGAGGCACGACCACAGCAGGA